CCUGUGGUGAAAGCAGCAGCAUCACAUCCGCUGUUGAUGUCGAUGGUUUGUUUGACACUGUAAUACCGCAAAAACAUCGCAAAAUAAGCCCGGUGAGACGUUAAAGCGCAUAUACAGCUCCCUCUCCGCCGGGAGAGGAGCAGCAGGAGGAGGAGGGGUGCCGAAUUUCGUUCCUGGAUAGCCUCGCUGCGGCGGAAUCGACCGGAACAGGGAGCCAUGGCGCGGGACUAUGAUUACCUCUUCAAGCUGCUCAUCAUCGGGGACAGCGGUGUAGGCAAAAGCAGUUUAUUGCUCAGAUUUGCUGACAACACAUUUUCAGGUAGCUACAUCACCACGAUCGGUGUGGACUUUAAGAUCCGGACUGUGGAAAUAAACGGGGAGAAAGUGAAACUGCAGAUUUGGGAUACUGCAGGACAAGAGAGAUUCCGUACGAUCACUUCCACGUACUACAGAGGCACGCAUGGCGUUAUAGUGGUGUAUGACGUCACCAGCGCAGAGUCGUUUGUAAACGUCAAACGGUGGCUUCAUGAAAUCAAUCAAAACUGUGAUGACGUUUGUCGAAUAUUAGUGGGUAAUAAGAACGAUGACCCCGGCUCUAAAGUGGUGGAGACCAACGAUGCACAGAAGUUUGCGGAGCAAAUGGGAAUCCGGCUGUUUGAGACGAGUGCCAAGGAGAACGUCAAUGUUGAGGAUAUGUUCAACUGCAUCACUGAGCUCGUACUGAAGGCCCGGAAAGAAUCAGUGACCAAACAACAACAACAACAGCAGAGUGAAGUCGUCAAACUGAACAAGAGCAGCAAACGCAAGAAGAAAUGCUGCUAAUCCUCUGAGACUCACGCGCACACACUUUUAGAGCCAAACGACAGAACGCCACUGAACUGACGAGCCAGAGAACACGCUUAAACCAACCCAUGAGACGUCUUCUAUCUAUAGAGAUGCGCUCAUGUUGAGCCCGACCGGACUUUGGGACUCUUAAAAGUUCACAAACAAACUCGAAUGUUUAUGCAGGAAAGGAUCCAACGUCCGGAAGACUGCUGCCGUGCACCUUUUCAGACCGCAGACGGGCCAAAUGGGAUUCCCGCCACGCAGUGUCAGUGUGUCGUGCCAACGUGCAACUCGGAGAUUGUUGAACGUGACUUGAAAUACGUGUUUUCAUGCUCUUGCGACGGACGUUCUGUCCGCUGUGGACCAAUCGUGCGCUGCUCUACACAGAGACACUCGUUUUGCCUUUUUCGUCUUUCGUUUUUUGUAAAAUUGUAUUAUUAUUUUUUUUGUACUAACAAAUGAUGCAAUCACAGUAGCGUUUAGUGAAUCUGGUGCCAUCGACUGAACGUCGUUGCACCCGCAACCCGCAGAGACGGGAGGAACAAAUGUUCUCGUGUGCGACGACACGCGGUCGAGUCCCAUGUGCAUUUUUGUACACGUGUAAAUAAGCGCUUGUUAAAGGAAUAGUCUGAACGUUAUUCCCCGUUGUGUUCCACAGAUAAAUGAAAGUCAUACGGGUUUGGAACAACAUGAAGGUGAGUAAUUAAUGAGGUUUUCGGUUGAACUAUUCGUUUAACUCAUAAGGUCCUCCGAGCUUCCUGGACGUCUCUUUAUUGACGAUAAUGUGACGGUUGUAUUUCACUCCAAACGUUGCGGACUGGGAAAUUAUGUUGCGUUCCCUCUCAACACGCUUUGCGUCUGCUCGUGACACCGUUAUCCCGACAGUAACUAUCGUUGAACUCUGUAUCUCAGCGAUAGUUACUGAAGUUGAUCUACGGUUGCUCUAGUAAAACCGCGGGAUGGGUAACGGUCAUUCCCUCCCCGUGUCCCGUUCCGACAGGAACAUCAAAACACCAGCAGCGCGUGUGACCGGCGCAGACCUGCAUGAAUAUUCACCGCGAUAUUAAAGUGUGCAGUUGUUUUGCACAGACGGUGGGAGAGAAUAUACCGAAAUCUUCACAGGGACUCGACAAUCGUACAUCAAUCCACCAUCGUGCUAAUUCAUGUCAUAUUCAUAUCAUUUAGAGUCAUUUGAUGCACCUGCAAACACGCACACGCGUGACCGCAUACGGACACAUGCAUCCGUGUGUAACGUGUACACACUGGAAAAUAUGGAAUAUUACAACUCGUUCAAUAUCCCACCAUGAGUCUAACGAUAAUAAACAUUUUAAGAGAGCUUUCAUCACGUUUCUGUCUCUUCUGUCUGUGUUUUCGCCACAUGGGGGCGCUGCUGUAAUGCCGAACUGCCAAUCGUAUUGUCUUUAUUUGAUGCACUUUCUUUGCUAAUAUUGAUGUAUGCAAUUCAUUAAUUGGCGUAUAAUUUUAGCCAAUUGAUUGGCCGAUGUAUUUGUAUGAAUUGUGAUGUAUUUACAGCUACUAUCUAAUGAUGAUGAUUACACAAAAUAGUGGUUCAGAUUGAGAAUUUAUUUCAAUUGAAAAGCUGUUUUUAUAUGCUUGGUAAACAAUUGUUCUCGUGAAGGUAAAAAAUACGUUUAAUAAUAAACAAAUGCAUAAACACAAUUCUCGCACGGUUGUGUGGAGACAAUAAUGUCAAACUUUCCGGUUAAAAUAGUUUCUACACCCCUGGAUAUAUAUAAUAUCUGUUUUGUUAAAGGUUUGUUUUCUUCUCCAGAUUGAUGAAUUACUCAAAAAUACAUUAAAAUAUAAAUUAAAAAAUGCAACACGCACAGAUACUUGAAUACAUCUCUAUUGUGAUUAAAUGUUUUCAAUUACAUUGUAGUAUUUUUUUCUGGGGUUUAACCCUUUUGGUUGGGCGGGAUGGGCCCGCUGAGAAAACAAUUGCAGAGAAAACUGUUACAUAUGACCACCAGGAGAUGGCGCCAAACACACGACACAGACUCAAUGAUGCCUCAAAUGACACAGAAUGAAACUCGUACGUAUUAUUGUAAUCGGUCAAAACAUCAAACUGAUCAAAUAUUCAUGUGUCAUAUGUUGUUGGAAAGCUCUUAAAGAGUAAAAUACAACCAGACUAUUUGUUUUAAUCACAGAUGCAAAUAUAGCGAGUAACAGCUAAAUAUAUGUCUUUGACAAUUAUGUUGGUGUUGCUUAAAUGCCGCAUUUUCACUUAUAUCUUCACGAUACAUAAAACGUCACACAUCAUUAUUUAGAGGAGGUAAUUAUCUUUCAAACGAGUCCACACACAAGAUAAUCAGAUGUAUAGAUCAUUAGAUAGUCCACAUGAAGCACAAUGUUACAUAUGACCACCAGGAGAUGGCGCCAAAUACACGACACAGACUCAAUGAUGACUCAAAUGACACAGAAUGAAACUCAUUCUGUGAAAUCUCAUGACUAAAAUCAUGUCUGCAUGCUAUGCAAACCUUUAGUCAUUGUUGUGUUUGCAUGUGUAAUUAGUUCUUAUGUACAAUUAUUAUCUUUUAUUUGUUUGGAGAUGUUUUUGAAUACCACGAUUGUAAUGUUGUAACUUUUGAUCGCUUUGUCAUAUCAACACAAAAUAUUGUCAAUUACAGUUGACGUGAUUGAAAAGAAAUUAUAGUUUUUUUGGAGCCUCCUUAUUUACACCCAGAGAUGUGUAUAAUGUCAAAUAAAGAAAAAGUAAUAAAAAAAUAAUAAUAAUAAUAAUAAUAUUUAUUUUCCUGCAUUUUCUCAGGCUGAGAUUCUCAAAAUGCAUCAUUAUAUCAUCAAAAAAAAUUUUUUGGGAUUUUUAAUUUAUACAUUGAUUCCAAACACUUGAGUUUUAAGCCUUUAACAUGAGGUAUUUGACUGAAACAGGAAAUCUUUAAAAACGUUUUCAGAGCUUAAAGGGUUCAAAUAAAAUGUUUUGUCAUGGAUAUGGUAAACAAUAAAUAAAAGCAAAGUCUGAUUAAUGAUUUAAUGUUGGCGUGAAGAAUAAUAUUUUAUUAUUAUAUAUUUAAAAAAAUAAGCAGUGAAACAAUUUUGUUGUAAAAAAUUAUUAAUAUUUAAAAAAUGUAGUUUGCACUCCAGAUGUCACAUCUGUCGUCCUGUUUUGUGAUGCUGUAUGUUAUUUCAGCCAUUCUAGAAUUAGCCACGCCCCCUCAUUCCAAAACCCCGCCCUCUAAAGAUACCAAAUGAUCUUUAUUGAGACCAACAUCGAGCAGACACAGCAGUGAAACUUCAGCGCCCUCUAGUGGCAACUGUUAUGAACAACAUAGCAUCAAAAUGGCGUUAAGCCUCAAUAAUUCUCUGCAACUACAACACUAUGAGAACCCGCAGAUCAAAAGUGUUAUUAAUCACAGACACAUUUUUGUUUGUUUACAGUCACAAAACAACACUUAUUUCAGUAAUAUCUUCUAGAGAUUAUGAACAUUUUUUGCAUACAUUUCCAUGAUAAAAUUGCUUUUAGCACAUUGAAAUGUUGCAGAUAUGAAACUCAAAUUGUUUCUGAGUCAGACAGCUAUUUUCUCUCUUAUGUCUCUAAUUAUCCAGCUCUCUCCCUCAUCACAGCUCAGGGAGGCGGUUGCCAUGGUGCUAGCAGACAUCACCAGGGAAACCAGAUCUUUACAGACGGAUGAGACUCAAUUGCUGUUGUGUGCAUCUGCUCAGAUGUUCAGUGUCUCUGCAUAUUAACCUGGGAUGGGGAUAAAACUAUGAUUGGUGUUUAGGAAUCUUGCUCCUGGACCAACUUGGGCUAUUUGGCAAAAUCAUGUUGUGUA